CGCAUGGCCACCGCCUCCACGCAUCCCGCGCGCGCUCCUUUCCCUCCCGUCCUCACCUCACCACCGCCCCUCUCCUCGCCGUACCCUCGAUGCUGCGCGGCCUAUACCCACCGCAUGCUCGUCUCCGUCGCUCCGUUUCACCUCGCUUUCCAUGUCCCUCCGCGCACCCAAUGCCGCGCAAGACCCAGCGAGGCGGCGGGCGGACGCCGUCGGGUGGCUGCGCGAGAUUUUCCCGGACUCGCCGCUGCCGCCACCGUCGGACGCCUCCGAUGCCGACCUGCACGCCGCCCUCGCCGGCGGCAGGCUGCUCUGCGCGCUCCUCAGGAAGAUCUGCCCCGGAGCCCUGCUGGACGACGCAUCCACGGACAAUGUCGGCAGGUUCCGCGCCGCCGUCGAGCGGAUGGGCGUGCCCACCUUCAGCGCCUUUGACCUUGAGAGGGGUGGUCAAAUGUCUUCUGUUGUGGCCUGCAUUCUUGCACUCAAGGAUCGGUAUGGAUCACGUGCCGACGAAGAUCAGAGCUUUAGUUUCCUGACCAGAUGCGACAGCGAAGGAAGCAGAAGGCACAUGGAGGCCAAGCUGCAGAGGGUCCUCACCAGUCCAGUUAUGUCAGAACCAUCCAGUCCAUCACUAGGGGCCAAUCUGUAUACACCAUCAGGGGUAUUUCAGAUGAAACAAGGAGGAUACGCUGAUCUUCCUGGUUGUAAAAUUUCAGACUUGAUGAAGUCCUCAAGCUUGGAUAAUGCACCCACCCAGUCACUUCUAGGUGUCGUGAACAGCAUCGUCGAUGAGAGCAUCGAGAGGAAGAAUGGACAGAUACCUUAUCGUAUUGCUUGCUUGCUGAGGAAGGUCAUAGUUGAAAUUGAACGGCGUAUGUCUUCUCAGGCUGGGCAUAUACGAAAUCAAAACAACCUGAUUAAAGCUCGUGAAGAAAAGUAUCAGUCAAGGAUAAGAGUGCUAGAGGCACUAGCAGGUGGGGCAAGCGCGCAAGCACAUAUGGAAAAUGAUAAGCUCAAGGACAAAGGACAACAACCAGAAGAAGAUAUAGCUAGGCUGAUGAAAUGCCAGGAAGAGAUUGUUAGAUUGAUGAAAGAAAAGGAAGAUAUGGUUAAGUUGCUUAGGGAGAAGGAAGAUAUGGUUAGGUUGCUGAAGGAGAAGGAAGAUAUGGUUAGGUUGCUGAAGGAGAAGGAAGAUAUGGUUGACUUGAAAAAGGUCAAGGUUGAAGAAACACGACGAAUAGCAGAUGAGGAAAAAGAUAGGUUACUCAAACAGAAGGAUGAUAUUGUAGUUAGAUUGACAAAGGAGAAGCAAGAAAUGGUUAGGUUGUUACAGGAGAAGGAAGAUAUGGUUAGCUUGUUGAUGGCGAAGGAAGAUAUGGUUGACGUGAAGAAAGUCAUAGUUGAAGAAACACAAAGAAUAACAGAUGAGGGAAAAGAUGUGUUACUUAAGGAGAAGGAUGAUACAGUAGCUAGAUUGACAAAGGAGAAGGAAGAGGUGGUUAGGUUGUUGAAGGAGAAGGAAGAUAUAAUUAGAGUGUUGAAGGAGAAUGAUCAUAUGGAUAGGUCAAUAGAGAAAGAAGAUACAAUUAAGUUGGAAAAUUGGAGUAGUAAGGACAAAAAACAAAAGGCAGAUGAUGAUAACGAUCAGUUGAUUAAGGAAAAUAACGCUAUUGUGGUUAGGUUGACAGAGGAGAAGGAAGAGAUGAUUAGGUUGAUGAAAGAGAAGGAAGAUAGAAUUAGAUUGACGAAGGACAAGGAAGACCUGUUCAUGUCAAUGAAGGAGAAGGAAGAUAAAGUUGACUUGAAGAAAGGUGAUAUUGUAAACAUGAAGCAAUCAACAGAUGAAGAUGCAGAUAUGUCAGUUAAGGAGAACACCGACAUAAUUAGGUUGAUGAAGGAAAAGGAAGAUUCUAAAAAUACAAUUAUGAAACUUAAGCUGGAAUUAGAAGCACUAAAAUCGUCACACGAGGAGAACUGCAAAUUGUUAGAAUCUAAGAAGGAAGAUAUAGUUAAGCUUCUUGCAGACAAGGAGCACAAUGCCAGUAUAAUCUUGCAACUUAGACAAGACGAGUCAACCAAGGAGAAUAACGACAUUAUUAGGUUAAUGAAGGAAAAGCAGGAUGAUAACAAUAUAAUUAUGAAAGUCAAGCUAGAAUUGGAAGCAUUAAGAUCAUCAUAUGAGGAUGGCUGCAAGUUAUUACAGUCUAAGGAGGCGGAUGUAGUUAAGCUUCUUGCAGAUAAGGAAGACAGUGCUAGCUUAAUUUUGCAACUCAGGCAAGAGAUUGAAGCAACAAAAGGAUUGCAUGAGACAUAUAGUCAACAAUUAGAGAUGAGAGCUGCCAAAGUAAAGGAGGAGUUGGAAGAGAGGAUAAAAGAAGUAGAGCUCAUGUUAGAAGAUUCUAUCAAAAGAAGAAGAGAAGUUGAGGAACUAUCCAAAUCGAGAAUCCUAUUUUUGGAGCAGAAAGAAAUAGUGGUCAAUCAAAUUUUGGGUUUGCAAAUACAGCACGUUCAGGAUUUGAGGCUAUCCUCUGUUUCAGUUAGGCAUGAAAUUCUAAAUUGUCAAAAAAGAUGGCUUGAAGAACUAGCUGGACUUGGACAAAACCUUAAGGUGGUAACGAAUACUGCAGAAAAAUAUCAUGCAGCUCUUGCAGAAAACAGAAAAUUGUUCAAUGAGAUUCAGGAACUAAAAGGAAAUAUAAGAGUUUAUUGUCGGAUAAGACCUUUUCAACGUGGGGAGGAUGAAAGAUCUAGUUCGGUUGAAUAUAUUGGCGACAAUGGUGAACUUGUUUUAUCGAACCCUACAAAACAGAAGGAAGGGAGCAAGAAUUUCACAUUUAACAAAGUUUUUGGCCCUACCACUACACAAGAUAUGGUCUUCAAGGACAUCCAGCCACUAAUUAGAUCGGUUCUUGAUGGCUACAAUGUCUGCAUUUUCGCAUAUGGUCAAACUGGAUCCGGGAAAACGUACACAAUGAUGGGGCCUGAAAAUGCAACUGAGAAGGAAUGGGGCGUCAAUUAUAGAGCACUAAAUGACCUUUUCAAUAUCUCCCAUGAUCGGCAAGACACAAUCAUGUAUGAACUUAGUGUUCAAAUGAUUGAGAUCUACAAUGAGCUAAUCCGUGAUCUCCUUGGUGGUGGUGGUGUGCAGAAGAAGAUAGGAAUUCAGAAUACCAUCCAGCCCAACGGAAUUGCUGUUCCUGAUGCAACGAUGUGUCCUGUCAACUCAACUUCUCAUGUUAUUGAGCUAAUGCAAACUGGGCACGGCAAUAGAGCCAUGAGUGCUACAGCUUUGAACGAGAGAAGCAGCAGAUCCCACAGUGUUGUAACCAUUCAUGUCCGAGGCCAGGAUCUAAAAACUGGGAACACUUUACGUGGCGCUCUACACCUUGUGGACCUUGCUGGAAGUGAGAGGGUGGAUCGUUCUGCGGUUACAGGAGACAGGCUCAAAGAAGCACAACACAUCAACAAGUCUCUGGCUGCUCUGGGGGAUGUUAUAUUUUCUUUGUCACAAAAGAAUGCACAUGUGCCGUACAGGAAUAGCAAGCUUACACAAGUCUUGCAAACUUCUCUGGGUGGGCAUGCAAAGACUCUAAUGUUUGUGCAGGUAAACCCAGAUGUUUCAUCUUAUACAGAGACCUUAAGUACUUUGAAAUUCGCCGAACGAGUGUCUGGAGUGGAACUAGGUGUUGCAAGGACCACUAAGGAGGGAAAAGAAGGCAAAGAUGUCAAAGAAUUGAUGGAUCAGCUUUCAUUGCUCAAAGACACUAUUUCAAAGAAGGAUGAUGAAAUCGAUCGACUACAACUACUCAAUGCUAGCACCUCCAGAUCGAAGUUCACCAAACAAGCUGAUUCCCAAUUGAAGCAUUCGUCCUCUUCUCCUGGAAUGACAUCUUUAGGGAAGGCCUCAAGUGUUGGCAGUGGGGCAGCUUCAGAUCCAGAUAACUUCUCUGACACUAGUGAUAGGCAUUCUGAAGCUGGUUCCAUGCUCUCUAUUGAUCAUGAGGUUUCUGGCCUUGGUGAUCUUGACUCUGACGGAAGGUUAAGUGAUACAUCUGAUGGCGCUAUUUCCGCCGGUGCAGAAACUGACAGUUCAGUAAGCAAUGUGGUGGACCAAGGGCAAGAGAAAACGUCUAGCCCUGCGAAAGAGCGGUUGACAAAAGCAGUAUCUCGAGUUCAGAAGUUGACAGUUCCCAAAGUAUCCAGCUUACGGCCUAAACCAAGGGAUUCUCCUGCUCCUAGACCCUCAGCGCCAACAGGGGCACGAAGAAGUACAACCACCCAAACUACUCCAACAGCAAGAGCUAGUAGCACUGCAAAACGAGGACCUUAGAUCAAGUUUCCAAUCAUUUGGCUAAACUAUUUUCCACUUGUGCUGAUGUAUAGUUGUUUAAGAAAGGUUUUCGUUGUCAGCAAGAUGUCUGCAACAUGGAUGCUUCCAUCUUUUUUCUCUUGUGACGGUUAGUGAAUUUGUAUUAGUGGGUAGGUUGUUGUUCUUAUUCUUUAGUUUGUGUAUGAGUGUAAGACUGUAAGUAUGAUGUGCAUGUGCUCUGUAUAUGAAAUUACCAUGCCACGAGGUGAGAAGUAUCUGUUGAAAAGAUAAGUAGAGACUGAAGGAUUCUAUCAUCUAUGAUAUUGAAUGUAAUUAUGCAAGUCCUGUUUUUUUUAUGCAUGACGCAA